UGUUCCGUGAAUUAUGUCUCUAGGUAUGUACAUACCACGCACUCCACGCAGGUACGUACAUGGCAUACGUAUCCUGUAUACUAGCCGUAAUGAGGAGAUGAGAUUCUCUUGUUUUCAAUCGUUUCUUCUGGCUUCGUAUGAGAUACGUUGCAACGCGUUUUGGUGACGGUGCAGAGAGCGACCGUUGAGAAAUUGUCUGUACACUUUGGUUCUUUCCAACCUCGAGUAUACGGAUACGUUUCGAACGGUUCCGAUUUAUACGUUUGUUGCAGCGGUUAUGCGUAGCAUGUACAAAAAUCGUACAGAACUGUAAUCUGGAUGACCGGCUUCUCGGUGCAUUGUUAAUAACACGUAAUAAUAUACGAUAUUUAUCGCACACAUCGAAAUGGCUGCUGCGUCGUUGUCAGCAUAUUGGGUCAAGUUUUUUAAAGGAGCCGGAUUUCCACAAGACGUUGCCACGAAACAUGCAGUUGUGUUUUCUAACAAUCGUAUCAAACCGGAUAUGUUACCAGAUUUGGAUAAGCCUAGUCUCAAAGAAAUGGGUAUUACGUUAAUGGGUGAUAUGAUUGCUAUUUUGCGAUAUGCAAAGAAAGUGGUGGAAGAAACAACAUGCGAGAGAUUUUUAGUAGAUUCCGAAGAUACGCCUUUGCCUUGUAAAGUUUCCACGAAACCCGUUGUCAAGAAAAUGGUCGAGGAUGGUGGAAAUAAAACGGUGCUUCCAACAGCUUCUAAAACAACCUCUAUAAAGAAGAUGGUGAAACCUUUGUCGGUAAUGGGAAAGAAAGUAGCGACCGUGAAGAAGCCCAUUUCUGUACAAAAUAGCACCGCUACUGUUAACCAAAAGCAAACUGCUAUCAAGAGAAAAUUAAGAUCGGAGGAAUCUUACGUAGACAAUGAGGAUAACUGGAGUAUCGUGGGGAAGAAGAGAGUAAAAACGGCAGACGACGACGACGGUAACGAGGACGCUGUCGAGUAUGCUGUUGCUGCUAAAGUUUCGAGCGCGAGAACUCGAGUGGUGAAGAAGCCCGUUGAACAAAAACGAACGGUAUUUGACAGAUUAGGCGAUAGUUCUGUCACUAGUACGACCAAUCUGAUUGACACGACACCUACUUUCAAUGUUACUGGCGUUGGCAAGGAUGUGUUCAAAAGAUCGAGUAGCGUUUUUAAACGUCUCGGUGAUAUAGAUGACAAAAAGGAUCAUGCUACUGUGCGAAUACUGAAAAACGGGUCAAAUGCUACCGGUUCACCGGGUAUAUUGAAAAAUCGAAUAUCACCUAGUGUACGUACAUCGAUUGUAACAACAAAGAGGACCGUUGCUAAAACUACUGGCACCAUGCAUGCCGAUCACGAAGCGAGCAAGAAAACUUUCAACAACGCGAGUCGUAUACUUAAGCUGGCGAAGGAAACGGUGUCUGAUUCUUCUCCAGCGAGUGAAAGAAUCGUUAAACCUGUCGUGACAUCUGGCAAAUUAGCUUCGGAGAGACUUGUCCCCAUACCGGCCAAAGCGCGCCUCGGCACGACCACUGCCAAGCAAGUAACUUUUAGUAAAGUGGCGAUCGUUACACACGUCAAGAAAGCGGAUGUUUUCAGUCGUCUCGGUGUUUAAGUUAGGCUUUUCAGUAUCUUUUCUCUACUGUGGGUCGCAAGAAUGCAGCGGUUUUCUAUCAACUACCGUUGCUUGUAUAAAAUGAUUUACUUGUAGGAGUAACUCAUGUUUGUAUAAAGUUCUAGACUAUAAAGGUAGUUUUUCAAAUCGUGCACCUAGUUUGGUUAUUGCUAAUCUAAGUGAAUGGAACGCGUAUAGUGUUAUGCAUCGAUAACCAGUGUCGUUUGCAACGAUGUCUUACGAGUGACGUGUAAUAGUCCAGGAUAUUUGGAAUCGGUGCAGUUUACGACGUGAUUUCUCUACGACUUGCUGAUUAUGAUAAAACAAGGAUUUGAAUAACGUCUAAUUUUUUGUUUUCAAGAGAUUUUAAUUUUGUAUAUUAAAAGGAAUACCGAUUGUAUAUAACAUAAUUAUAUUCCGAACACGAGACUAAAUA